UCCGAAUAUCACAUUUGUUUUGCCUUAGCAUUAUUCUAUGACAAAAAGGGUGUGGGUGUGGGUGUAAGUAUGAGGAUGAGAAACUAGAACACCCAUACUCACACCCCUACCACAUCCUCACCCAUACCCACACCCUCAAGAUAGGAUGGUUUCUCGUGAUAAUACUAAUGAGCUGAUAUUCUCAUUGAGUGUACAAGUCGCUUUAUGUAGAUCUGUUGCUGUAGAUGACAAGAGAAAGUCGAGUUCGAGUUGGAAUAGCGAGAUGUUUAGAUGAGUAAUGAGCUCAUGAAAUUCAAGGAUUCCAUCGAUGUUGAAGGGAACUAGGAGUCACUCAUUUUAUUAUGUUUGAAAAUAAAUCAUGUAUUCAUUCUUUUCAUGUGCGAAUAAUCGAAAUUCUUAUCAUAGAAAAACAAAUUGUGAAAUGAUUGACGAUUGUCUGAAAUAGAGUCUUAAAUAAAAUUCUCGUUUAUACUUGAAUAUUUUGAUAUUUCUCAAAUACGAGUUAAAUAAUGGAAUGCUUAAGCUUAUUUUCAAUCAGAAAUCUUCGAAGUAUUGACGAAACACCACAAAUUUGUUCGAAAUUUGAACCUUGUCAGAUAUAGUUAACCAUAGCCUAGUUGUAAAGAUUGCAGUUUUUUGCACUUAGAGUAGUUUCUGACUAACAGUAGUACAUGGAGAACUCUUUUUUGCUAAGUUCUUCACUUUUUAUGAGAGAAGUCGUGAGAACACACACAUCUUAUUCGAUCGAUAAUAUAUAAUGAAUAGAAAAAUGAAAACUGAAAGCGGCCUUUAACAUUCUGGAUGGAUGUGAGUGUAGAUAAAGCAAGGAUCCAUACCAGGGUGUGGGUGUGGGUGUGAGUUUCAAUGUUAUCUUCUGGUAUAUUCGCACCCGCACCCAUCUGAUUGUAAAUACAGUGGAGUGCAAAAAAAAGAAUUGUUGUAAUAGUCUUAAAACUAUCUACAUAGGAUAAGUGAAAGUUAAGCAUGAAAGUGAUUUAUACGUACAUGUUUAUUGAAUGAGAGAUAUGUGUAUAUUUACAUUGAACGACAAAAUAACCGAGAUGUUAUUGAAUAAAUAGGAGUUCAUAUUUUAAUAAUGUAUGGGAGAAAUAUUUUAUAUAAAAUCAAUAUUUUCUUUCAGUUAUUGAUCGAUUUUUUACAUAUCAGCAACAAUUGAGAUUGAUCUCGUGGUUGCCCGUCAUACUUAACUAACACAACGUUGCUGAGAUCUACCAAAGAAGCAGCAAGGCUAGCAAAAUCAUUCUGAGUACCGAUAGCUUCAUUGAAAACUACCUUUAGCUCCAGCAGCGUAUAUCAUUGUUCCAUAUUUUAGCUACAGAUUUAAUCUAUCAAUAGAAAAGAUCAGCACUAGAGUCUGAUGGAAUCAAGAUUUUUGGUCAUGACUAUAUUUUUCUUUUUCUCGAAAUCUCUGAUCUGUGUCUUCGUGAUACACUAAAUGAUAAGCUAGACAGUGAAAGACUGGAACUGUUGUUCAAAUGUCAAGAUCUAACUAGAGUAUCACCAAUUAUUGAACGUUGUAUGCUUUCAUACUAUGGGUACGAAUAGAUUCCUUUGAAACUAAAAAAAUUCGCAAGAUUCACUGGUAAAUGAUUAUAAUCAUUUUUGUUGAAUUUUUUAUUUACUGAAAAGCAUUUUCGAAAAAAAUUAAUAUUAAUACUUUUGACCUGAAAUGUUGUCUAUAGAUAAAUCUAAUAGUCAUUGUAAUUCUUUGAGAAUUUCAACGAAAAUGAACAUGACUUUCUAUGUCUCACAGCUGUUUUUUUUUCAAAAUUAAAUAUCUCGAGAAAGACAUAUUUCUUUUCGUUGAAACUUUCAAGACAGUUUAAUAACUACUAGACCUAUCUAUAGAAAAGAAUUUAGAUUAAAAAUAUUUAUUUCAUUCUCUCAGAAAUAUCUUGCACAACGUGAAAACUUCUUCAUUGUCAUAAUAUGAAGUCACACUACCUAAAACUGCUAACUACAUUAGUCUAUUGCAUUUCACUAUAUUUAAACCAUCAAAUCGAUCCUUUUCAAAACUUAUAAAUAGUAGCAUGACUUGAUUUACAUUCAAUCUAACGAAUAUUUCUUUAUUUUUUAUUUUUUGUUAAGGAGUUUAGCUGAUCAUGAUAAAAAUGAUCGUUUAGCUCCAAAUGAAUUUGUUGUUGCAAUGCAUUAUUGUGAUAUUGUUGGUGCUGGUUAA